GUUUUGGUUGUUGAGGAAUAAAGGAUUGAAAUCGGAUGACACGGUGUGGUUUUCGCCGUCGUUUUUUAAUCAAUCAAUUGCUUCAGUCGCUUUCGAUCUCGCCAACUGCGAAGGGGAUUUCCUCAAUCUUUUUUUGAUCCCAAAAUGGACGAUUUGAUGCCUAGUACCGAGGGAUCUGCCCUUACUUAUCAUUUUGUAGAAUGGAAAGCAACCUCAAGUGACUGAUCUUGCCUCCACAAUUGUUGUCCAAGUGUGCAACAAUUCUGAAAUAACUUGUUGACACGAAAUGGCGACCGAUGUUGAUCAGACUUUUUAUGGAUGGUCAAAGGAUGAGUUUUCUGAUCGAGAUGAUUCUCAAGAAGCAUCAGUCUCACAAAUGCUUGAUCACGGGUCUAUAUCCUUUGGAAGAUUUGCAGCUGAGUCAUUGUCAUGGGAGAGAAGGUCAGUCUUCACUCAUGACAGACGUCAGGAGGAACUGGAGAAAGUUAAUGGUUUAGUUGCCAAAAAGAAAGCAUACUUUGAAGAAUAUUACAAAAGGCUUCGAGCUUUGAAGGCCUUGCAACAGAAUCAGCAAACUGAGCUCACAUUGGAUUAUGGUGGUGAUGGCAGUAAUUCUAGCCAGACUGGGGAAGAUGAUGGAACAACUUUGCAGGUUGGAACUCUUCAAGAUGGGGCAGUAGAAACUAUUGAUGCCUCUUCAGGGGAACCCACAAAUGAACUUACGUUCCCUCAGGAUAUGAAUUGCAGAGAAGAUCUUCAAACUAGACAGUUGUAUCCAGGAUCCACAACAUCAGAUAUUGACUCAUUGAGAAAAAACAUAGAAAAAAUUGAGCCGGAGAAGAACUCUAACCAUGCUGUGCAGACGCAAGACUUGGAGACAGAAUCCUUAUUGUCAAUAACUAGGAGCACAGAAGAGAUUGAACAGAACGAUAUCAGUAGUGUUGAUGGCAAAGACAUUCUGGGGGAACCAGAGAGUUCGGUGUCUAAUGUUGAAUCUGGACCUGCUCCUGAUGGGUCUGUCUCAGACCUGACAAAUUCUAGAGGCAGUGAAUCGCAGCUUGCACCAGAUUACAACUUAAUACCAGACAAAACCAAACUGGCUGUUGAGAAAUCUUCAGAGGGUAAAUUGGUUCCUGAAGUGAAGAAGGAGCCUGCUUCUUCUGUUAGGACUGGCCUGGAGCCAACACAUGGAACAAGGAGAGAAGUGGUUCAGUCAUCGAGGGGAGCCAAACAUCCAGGACAGAAGCUAAUUGGCAAGGCAGAUGGCCGUCUCCAUUCAGACAAAGCAAUUGCCAGUAAAGUCACAGGCAACCAUAGAUCUGCCUCCGUUGCUUCGCGUAGGUCAGUUACAGAAGUGUGUUCCAGUAUUACCAGUGCACGCCCAUUUUCUCUUUCCAUGGAAAGAAGAUCAGGCAUUAGGGAAGGUGCAGUGAGAUUGGAUUCCAAAACCUCCAGUAGAUUAGCAUCAUCGCAAAGUCGGGAAAAUGGCGGGUCUAGUGUGCAGGGUGGUUCAAAGAAGAUAAUCACAACCUGUAGCAUGAAGAGCCAUGGACUACAAAAUAAAAGGGACUGCAAAGAAGUGAUAAGAAAAUCUUUGCCAUCAGAGAGCCAGGAGACCAGUUUGAAGGGCAAAGAUGCACAUGUUCUCAGGCAAUUGAAGUUAAGUUCAAAUAACCUUCCUGUGAGGAACAAGUCUACUUCUAAUGGUGGAUCUGAAGUUCAGCUCACAAAUACCAUCAAAAGGAACAAACGGAAGGAGGAAAAAGAGGACGUAAGGUUGAAGGAGCCUCAAGGACCUACGAAGAUUGUUACUCCUGUCACUGGAAUUCCGCGGACAGGGAAUAAAAAGGAUGAGCAGUGUUAUCUUGUGGAAAAUAGGAGUCAUGCAUUUGUUUCUACUCACUGCUACUCUGAAAACUACAGGUAUUUCCAUUUGGGAUUGCUGUGCAAUCAGAUGGUGGGAGGAAAUCCCAAGUCAAUAGUAUGUCACUGGAUGGAAGGAAGCCAAAGCAUGCAACACCACCAUGGCGAUGAAUUAUCUGAAGAUGCAAAGCCUCAGGGUUUCUGAUGGAAGGAACCAUGGAUCCGAUAGCUGCAUUCAUGCAUAGCGUAGUUUCAGCACCUGGCUGUUGAGUGUUGUUGUAAUAUAUCUGCUGAGUAUUGUAUACCUUGUUUCUGUCGUAGUUACCACGGCUGCUUUUGUCAAACGGUGCCUAUCUGUAGUUAGAUCUUUAGUUGCUUUAGAGAGGUGGUCCUGCAGCUAGAAGUGCCAUUGGAUAUUCUAGAUUUAGUGUAUAGCUAAGAGAGAAAUGGAUGGACUUAGAGAAAUAGAGGUUGAACAUGCUAGAUUUCCAAACUUCUAGUUUUGAUGGAUGUGCUCUGCUUUAUGGUGGUCAUGUAAAUGGGAACAAAUGGUAGGUCAGUGGAUUCUUUUGGACCGUGAUGUGCAUGUAAA